AAGCAGAAAAAGAAAGGAGAAAACGAGGAGGAAAAAAGAAACAAGCUGGCAGUCAAGUCUUCUGCUGCUGCUGCUGCUGCUGCUACUCUUUAG